GGGAGGCUCUUUUUGCCUUUCCUCCAAAGGCCGGGCGGGGAGUCCUCCUGAGGGGAGCCAGGGAGAGAGAGAAGGGGCUGCCUUCGUCCUGGCCUUCCUGGCUCUUCUUCUCCUCCUUCUCCCUCCUCCGCUGGGCUCUUUCCCCUUCCCUCCUUCCUCCCAGAAAGAAAGAAGUUUCUCCUGAGGCGAAGAGGUGCUUCCCUGGGUCUCCCUUCCUGAGGGAAAAGUUGGGGGAGUUUGUACUGAAAGAGAAGGAAGGAAGGAAGGAAGGAAGCAAGGAAGGAAGGAAGGAAGGAAGGAAGGAAGGAGAGCAGCCUGAGGAGGAGGAGGAGGAGGGAUGCGGCCCCUCGGCCUCCGGCGCUGCGGCUGCUCCUUGGACGGCUUCUCGCUUCUGCUCCUCUCGGUGCUGCCCAGCCUCCUUCGAGGUUUCCGAUGUACUCAGUCUUCUGAAUCCUGCUUGAAUGGAGGAAAGUGCGAAUCCUUUCUCAAUGGAACAGGGGUGUGCAUAUGCCCCAACUCCUUCACUGGCAACCGGUGCCAACUGCGAAAUCCUUGUCUCAGUUCCCCGUGCAAGAAUGGCGGUACAUGCAAUGUAGCUAUCCGUGGCAACACCGCCGAUUACACCUGUGAAUGCCCCUUGGGAUACACAGAUAAGCUGUGCCUUACCCCUGUGGAGAACGCUUGCCUCAGCAGCCCAUGUCGCAAUGGAGGAACCUGCGAGCUUCUCACACUGACGGAGUAUAAAUGCCGCUGCCCUCCAGGGUGGUCAGGCAAGACGUGCCAACAAGCAGACCCUUGUGCCUCCAACCCCUGUGCCAACGGUGGCCAGUGUGUGCCUUUUGACUCAGACUAUGUCUGCAAAUGUACCUCAGGAUUCCACGGUGCCACUUGCAAGGAAGACCUCAAUGAGUGCAGCCGCACCCCGCCCAUCUGCAAGAAUGGCGGGACAUGCAUCAAUGAAAUCGGCUCCUACCAGUGUCAUUGCAAGCAGGCAUAUACGGGCCACAACUGUGAACAUCUCUACAUGCCUUGCAACCCUUCCCCUUGCCAAAAUGGGGGCACCUGCCGCCAGACUGGGGACACCACUUAUGAAUGCACCUGCCUUCCAGGUUUUACUGGUCAGAAUUGUGAGAAAAACAUUGAUGAUUGCCCAGGAAAUGGCUGCAAGAACGGAGGAACCUGUGUUGAUGGGGUGAACACCUACAACUGUCAGUGCUUGCCUGAAUGGACAGGCCAGUACUGCACUGAGGAUGUGGAUGAGUGCCAACUCAUUCCCAACGCUUGCCAAAAUGGGGGCACCUGCCACAACACCCAUGGCGGCUACAACUGCGUCUGUGUCAAUGGCUGGACCGGCGAGGACUGUAGUGAAAACAUCGAUGACUGUGCCAGCGCCGCCUGCUUCACAGGGGCCACCUGCCAUGACCGCGUGGCCUCCUUCUACUGUGAAUGCCCACAUGGACGGACAGGUUUGCUCUGCCACCUUAGUGAUGCUUGCAUCAGUAACCCCUGCAAUGAAGGCUCUAACUGCGACACCAACCCUGUUACUGGCAAAGCCAUUUGCACCUGCCCAACAGGCUACACUGGACCUGCCUGCAACCAGGAUAUGGAUGAAUGUGCAUUGGGUGCCAACCCUUGUGAGCAUGCUGGGAAGUGCAUCAACACAGAGGGGUCAUUCCAUUGCCAGUGUCAGCAAGGCUACUCCGGUCCUCGCUGUGAAAUUGAUGUGAAUGAGUGCUCCUCUAACCCUUGCCAGAACGAUGCCACCUGUUUAGACCAGAUUGGAGUCUUCCAUUGCAUUUGCAUGCCAGGGUAUGAGGGUGUUUACUGUGAAAUCAACACGGACGAAUGUGCCAGCAGCCCCUGCCUCCACAACGGGAACUGCAUAGACAAAAUCAACGAGUUCGCUUGCGAGUGCCCCAUAGGCUUUAACGGUCACUUGUGCCAGUAUGACAUUGAUGAAUGCGCCAGCACACCAUGCAAGAAUGGAGCCAAAUGCAUUGACGGCCCCAACGCCUACAUGUGUGAAUGCACUGAAGGUUUUUCUGGCCCGCACUGUGAGACCGAUAUUGAUGAAUGUAACCCAGACCCGUGCCAUUAUGGCACCUGCCAGGAUGGCAUUGCCACCUUCACAUGCCUCUGUGAGCCUGGCUACACUGGCCACCGCUGUGACAUUAAUAUCAAUGAGUGCCAAAGUCAGCCAUGCAAAAAUGGAGGAACUUGCCAAGACAGGAACAAUGCUUACAAUUGCCUCUGCCUCAAAGGAACAACAGGACCCAAUUGUGAAAUCAACCUGGACGACUGUGCCAGUAACCCUUGUGACUAUGGCAAAUGCAUAGACAAAAUCAAUGGCUACGAAUGCGCCUGUGAGCCAGGAUACACAGGGAGAAUGUGUAACGUUAACAUUGACGAGUGCGCCAGCAACCCUUGCCACAAUGGUGGUACCUGCAGGGAUAACAUCAAUGGCUUCACAUGUGUCUGCCCAGAAGGCUACCAUGAUACCACAUGCCUUUCAGAAGUGAAUGAAUGCAACAGUAACCCUUGCAUUCAUGGGAGGUGCAACGAUGGACUGAAUGGGUACAUAUGUGAUUGUGACUCAGGCUGGAGUGGGACCAACUGUGACAUCAACAACAACGAAUGCGAGUCUAACCCUUGCAUGAAUGGCGGCACCUGUAAGGAUAUGGUCAGUGGCUACAUCUGCACCUGUCGAGAAGGAUUCAGCGGUCCCAACUGUCAGACAAACAUCAAUGAAUGUGCUUCCAACCCGUGCCUCAACCAAGGAACCUGCAUUGAUGAUGUGGCUCGGUACCAAUGCAAUUGCCUUCCACCUUACACUGGACCCACCUGUAGGGAGGUCUUGGCACCUUGUGCAGACAGCCCCUGUAAGAAUGGGGGCGAGUGCAGAGAGUCAGAGGACUACGAAAGCUUCUUGUGUGCAUGCCCUUCAGGUUGGCAAGGGCAAACCUGUGAGAUUGACAUCAACGAAUGUGUGAAAAAUCCUUGUUGGAAUGGCGCCACUUGUCAGAAUACAAAUGGAAGCUACCGAUGCGUCUGUAGACCUGGCUUCACCGGCCACAGCUGUGAAAUGGACAUUGAUGACUGCCAGCCCAAUCCAUGCCACAAUGGUGGCUCCUGCUCCGAUGGCAUCAACACCUUUUUCUGUGACUGCCUAGCUGGCUUUCAGGGCCCCAAGUGUGAGGAAGAUAUUGACGAAUGUGCCAGCAACCCCUGCAAGAAUGGAGCCAACUGUACAGACUGUGUCAAUAGCUACACUUGUACCUGCCCCUCCGGCUUCAGCGGGAUCCACUGUGAGCACAACACACCAGACUGCACAGAAAGCUCCUGCUUCAAUGGUGGGACCUGCGUGGAUGGCAUCAAUACAUUCACCUGUGUGUGCCCCCCUGGCUUCACAGGCAUCUACUGUGAGCAUGAUAUCAAUGAGUGCGACUCCAAGCCUUGUUUUAAUGGUGGCACUUGCCAGGACAGCUAUGGGACAUAUAAGUGCACUUGUCCUCAGGGCUACACAGGACUCAAUUGCCAGAACCUUGUGCGUUGGUGUGACUCUUCCCCAUGCAAAAACAGAGGGAAGUGCUGGCAGAUCGCUAACCUGUAUCGGUGUGAAUGCACCAGUGGCUGGACAGGCCUCUACUGCGAUGUUCCCAAUGUCUCUUGUGAUGUGGCUGCUCAGCAGCAAGGUGUCGAUGUAGCCCACCUCUGUCGGAACUCAGGCAUCUGCAUGGAUAGAGGCAACACUCACUUCUGCCACUGUCAGGCUGGCUACACAGGCAGUUACUGUGAAGAGCAAGUGGAUGAAUGCUCCCCAAACCCGUGUCAGAAUGGGGCCACAUGCACCGACUAUCUGGGAGGUUAUUCAUGUGAGUGUGUUGCUGGCUAUCAUGGAGUGAAUUGCUCAGAGGAGAUCAACGAAUGCCUAUCCCAUCCCUGUCAAAAUGGCGGAACUUGUAUUGAUCUCAUCAAUACCUACAAAUGCUCCUGUCCCCGAGGAACUCAAGGGGUGCACUGUGAGAUCAACGUGGACGACUGCAGUCCUUCUUCCGAUCCCAACACUUUGACCCCAAAGUGUUUCAACAAUGGCAAAUGCAUUGACCGGGUGGGUGGCUACAGUUGCCUUUGCUUGCCAGGCUUUGUUGGGGAGCGCUGUGAAGGGGACGUGAAUGAGUGCCUCUCCAACCCUUGCGACAUGCGAGGGACCCAGAACUGUGUGCAACGCGUUAAUGACUAUGAGUGCGAGUGCCGUCCAGGCUACACUGGACGGCGAUGUGAGACCGUUGUGGAUGGCUGUCGCAACAAGCCCUGCAAGAACGGUGGGACCUGUGCGGUUGCCAGCAACACACAGCAUGGCUACAUCUGCAGAUGUCCACCUGGCUGGGACGGUGCCACAUGUGAGAAUGACUUGCGCAGCUGUGGGACCCUGCGGUGCCUGAAUGGUGGGACAUGUGUUUCCCUCCAGAGGAGCUCUAAGUGCAUGUGCACUCCGGGCUUCACGGGUCCAGAGUGCCAGUUCCCUUCCAACAGUCCUUGCCACUCCAGCCCCUGCUACAACCGGGGCACCUGCCAGUUCUCCAAGGAGCCUCCCCAUUAUCGAUGCAUCUGUCCCACCAAUUUCAAUGGGCUCAACUGCCACUUCCUGGACUAUAGCUUCCCUGGGGGCAUCGGCCGGGACAUCGCCCCACCUCCCUUGGAGGAGAAGUGUGAGAUCCCUGGUUGCCCCAGUCACGCUGGCAACAAGAUAUGCGAUGCCAAGUGCAACAACCAUGCCUGCGGCUGGGACGGAGGGGACUGCUCACUCAACUUCAAUGACCCCUGGAAGAAUUGCUCUCAGUCCCUGCAGUGUUGGAAAUACUUCAAUGAUGGGAAGUGUGAUGCUCAGUGCAACAACACCGGGUGCCUUUUUGAUGGCUUUGAUUGUCAGAAGGUUGAAGGGCAAUGCAACCCUCUGUACGACCAGUACUGCAAGGACCACUUCUCUGAUGGCCACUGCGAUCAAGGAUGUAACAAUGCUGAGUGUGAAUGGGAUGGUCUGGAUUGUGCUAACAACGUGCCUGAGAAGCUUGCAGAUGGAACCCUGGUAGUGGUGGUGCUGACCACUCCAGAGAUCCUGAAGAACAAUUCCUUCAACUUCCUGCGGGAACUCAGCCGCAUCCUACACACCAACGUGGUCUUUAAAAAGAAUGAUAAGGGUGAAUACAUGAUCUUCCCCUAUUAUGGGAAUCCAGAGGAACUGAAGAAGCACCAUAUCAAGAGGUCAGCUGACAGCUGGCCAGAUGUGUCGGAUGUGGUCUUGAGAAUGAAGGCAUCUCUCUACUCAAGGGUCAGCGGAAGGCAAAGAAGAGAGCUGGGCCAGUUGGACGUCUGUGGAUCCAUCGUUCAUCUGGAAAUUGACAACCGGCAAUGCAUCCAGUCCUCUUCUCAGUGUUUCCAAAGUGCCACUGAUGUUGCAGCUUUCCUGGGUGCUUUGGCCUCCCUUGGCAACCUGGACAUUCCCUACAAAAUCGAAGCCGUGAGGAGCGAAACAACCAAGCCCCCGAAUCCCAACCCGUGGUAUCCUAUGUAUGUGUUGGUGCCGGCUUUCUUCCUCUUCCUCUUCAUCGGUGUCGGAGUAUUGACCUUUCGCAAGCGGCGGAGAGAACAUGGGCAGCUCUGGUUCCCUGAGGGUUUCAAAGUGACAGAGUCGAGCAAGAAGAAGCGCCGGGAACCGCUAGGGGAGGAUUCCGUGGGGCUGAAACCCUUGAAGAAUGCUUCUAAUGGCACCCUGAUGGAUGACAACCAGAAUGAAUGGGGAGAUGAAGAGACGCUAGACACCAAGAAGUUCAGGGUGGAAGAGCAGGCCAUGCUGCCAGACAUGGAUGAUCAGACUGACCACAGGCAGUGGACACAGCAGCACCUGGAUGCAGCUGACCUACGGAUUUCUUCCAUGGCACCAACCCCUCCCCAAGGUGAAAUCGAUGCUGACUGUAUGGAUGUCAACGUCCGAGGACCAGAUGGAUUCACUCCACUGAUGAUCGCUUCAUGCAGUGGAGGAGGGCUGGAGACUGGCAACAGUGAAGAGGAGGAAGAUGCUCCCGCAGUCAUCUCAGAUUUCAUCUACCAAGGAGCCAACUUGCACAAUCAGACCGACCGCACAGGAGAGACAGCACUCCACUUGGCUGCCCGCUAUUCCCGCUCAGAUGCUGCCAAGAGGUUACUGGAAGCCAGUGCUGAUGCCAACAUCCAGGACCACAUGGGGAAGACUCCACUCCAUGCUGCUGUAUCAGCAGAUGCUCAGGGUGUCUUUCAGAUCCUGAUCAGGAACAGAGCCACUGAUCUCGAUGCCCGCAUGCAUGACGGGACGACGCCUCUCAUCCUUGCUGCCCGUUUGGCUGUGGAAGGCAUGCUGGAAGAUCUCAUAAGUUGCCAUGCAGAUGUCAACGCAGUCGAUGACUUAGGAAAAUCAGCACUCCACUGGGCUGCUGCUGUGAAUAAUGUAGAGGCAGCUAUAGUGUUACUGAAGAAUGGGGCAAAUAAAGACAUGCAAAACAACAAGGAAGAGACUCCUUUAUUCCUGGCCGCCAGGGAAGGGAGCUACGAGACAGCCAAGGUCCUCCUGGACAACUUUGCCAACCGGGACAUCACCGACCACAUGGACCGCCUACCCCGCGACAUUGCCCAGGAGCGCAUGCACCACGACAUUGUGCGCCUCCUGGAUGAGUACAACCUGGUGCGGAGCCCGCCCUUGCACAAUGGGCUGGGGGCUCCUACCCUCUCGCCUCCCCUCUGCUCCCCCAGCAGUUACAUCGGCAGCCUGAAGCCCGCCCUUCAGAACAAGAAAGCCAGGAAGCCAAGCACCAAGGGGAUGAACUGCAAUGGGAAGGAGUCCAAGGACAUCAAAGCCCGCCGAAAGAAAUCUCAAGAAGGCAAAGGGUGCCUGCUGGACAGCUCCAGUGUCCUCUCGCCAGUCGACUCCCUGGAGUCGCCACAUGGGUACCUGUCAGAUGUUGCCUCCCCUCCCUUGAUGACCUCUCCCUUCCAGCCAUCUCCCUCAAUGCCUCUCAACCACCUGCCUGGCAUGCCUGAUGCCCAUCUGAGCAUGAACCACCUCAACUUGGUUGGCAAGCAAGAUCUGGCCAUGGUGGCCAACCGGAUGCAGCCGUUUGACCCGGUGCCUCCACGCCUCACCCAUUUGCCUGUCUCCAGCCCUAACACCGUCAUGGCUGCUGGCGGCGCCCCAUUGAGUUUCACUGUGAGCAGUGCCCCGGGCCUGAACGGACAAUGCGACUGGCUGACCAGGCUGCAGAAUGGCAUGGUGCAAAACCAGUAUAAUCCUCUGAGGAGCAACGGCUUACAGCCUGGCGUUCACCCCCAGAGCCAAGCCCCGCUGCAGCAUGGCCUGCUGACCUCUUUGCACAACGGCUUGCCCACCACCACCUUGUCUCAGAUGAUGAGCUACCAGGCCCUCUCGAAUGGCCGCCUGUCAGCUAACUCCCAGCCCCACCUUCUACAGGCUCAGCAGCUGCAGCAGAUGCAGCAGCAACAGCAGCAGCAGCAGCAGCAAAGCAUGCAGCAACAGCAACAACAGCAGCAACAGCCUGCCCUCAAUAGCAGCACAAACCCAGUGCCCCAAGUUGCUCCAAACUUAUUCGGGAAUGAGUUGGCCCAGCCCGACCUGCAGCAAGUGAGCAACGGCGCUUUGUCAGCCCACGCCAUCUUGUCUCAAGAUACCCAAGUCCUGACCACCUCCCUGCCAUCUUCCCUCACCCAGCCCAUGACGACCACCCAGUUCCUCACCCCACCUUCUCAGCACAGCUAUUCCUCCCCCUUGGACCAUACUCCCAGCCACCAGCAGCAGGUAACUGACCAUCCCUUCUUAACACCUUCCCCGGAGUCACCAGACCAGUGGUCAAGCUCCUCUCCUCAUUCCAACCUCUCAGAUUGGUCAGAAGGCAUCUCCAGUCCUCCGACAAGCAUGCAGUCGCAAAUGGGACACAUCCCAGAAGCCUUCAAGUAAAGGAGGAAUCAUCUCAAACAAGACCUUCCGAUGACCGGAGUCUUGGAAGGCUUUCUCUAGCAGAGAGAAACUGUGGCGGGACUGGAGUAAUCUUUUGUUUUUUAAAGAAAGAAAUUAUUUUUACAUAAGUGGAAAAUACAAUGUUUGCUUUUUCUUUCUUUCUUUCUUUCUUUUUUCCCCCUAGUAUUUAUUUAUGUACUUUUUUUAAUUUUACAUAAAAAACACUGCCUUUUUUUGUUUUGUUUUGUUUUUAAUUUAUACGUUCUGUUCUGAAUUUGGUGGGAUGCGUUUGCUGUGGUCCAAGAUAUUUUAAAGUCUAUAUAAAUGGGGUUUGAUUGUUUGGUUUCUUCUUUUUAAAGGAAAUCUCUUUCUCUUUUUUUUUUAAAGAAAAAAAACUUUUAUAUUAUGAUGUUAUUAUGUAGAGAGGUUUUCUUCUGUAAAGCUAUAAGCAAAGAUCCAUGAUUAUAAAAAAUGGCAUUUAUUUAUUGAACAGGAACUUUUUUCUUCCUGUUCGUUUCUUGUUUUUAAAAAGGAAAGUCUGGAAAGUUGGGGAGGGGGUCUUCAAAUUGUUGCGUGUUUUACCUGUUUGGGGAAAAAAUAUGAUAAUUUAAAUAUGAUUUGGAUUUUUUUUUUUUGUUUAAAAAAGUGCUUUAAAAUAUUUACUUGGAUGAUGAUGGGCAGAAUAGGGGACCAUUUUAGCGUUCCAGCCAUGAAUCUUUGUUUAAAAGUUUCAGUAUUACAUAGUUUUUACACCUUAUUAUUAGGGUUUUGUUUUUGUUUUUGCAUGCUAGCCAGUCUAGUUCUUUUAUUUAUUGUGAAAUGCUGCCUAUGAUCAAAAAAUCAGGAUCAUGGUUCUAAGCUGCAAAGGAAAUCCAGAUGCUUCCUCACCUUCCUCCAGCCCACUGCCAAGACUUAACGCCCAGCCUAUUGCAAAUGCACAACGUCACAAGGAAGGCCUACAAAGGUUUUGGGGGUAGAAGGAAAAAAACUUGGCUUCAUCUUCAUGGUUUUGGGUUCAUUUAGUUUCAAGCUCUUGCAAUAAUUGCAAUGAUUUUAAAAUACCCAGGGUCUUAGUUAUGGCUUUAAAGAUUUCCAUCCUUUGGUGUGAGGAUGAGCAAAAAUGACUUCCUUAAGAUACAGAGGUCUGUGUAUGGAUACAAAGAUUACCUUACAGUAUGCAAAUACCCCUUGCAUGUUUUCUCUCUCACACAUACACACACACAUAUUUGGCAUCCCAUUGGAGUCAUGUGUCCAUACUGGAGGGCAUAUUUUGCCCUUGGUUGGCAGAAGGGGGUUCUUAGUAGCCAGUACUUCCCUUUGUUCCCUGCGGGAACCGAAGCCAACCAUUCACUUCAGUGGGAGAGUGUGACAGAGGAUUGUCCUCUGAGAUAAUAUGGUGCAGCUUCGGUUGUUGUCAUUGCUGCGUGCCCUCAAGUAGUUUCUGACUUAUGGCAAUUCGAAGGUGCCAUGUUUUAAUUGGCACCCAUCAUGGGGUUUUCUUGGCAAGGUUUGCUUAGAAGGCUUUUUGCCAGCGCCUUCCUCUGAGGCUAAGAAAGUGUGACUUGCCCAAUGUUUCCAUGGUUGAGUGGGGAUUUGAACCCUGAUCUCCACAGGGCUUGGUUGGCUCAAGAGAUGUAGGGGCUGUAAUCCAAUGCAUCAACUAGGGAUGAGUUGAUGUCCAAGAAUGGGGAUGCUGGGAAGUAGAGAGAAAGAGGAAGGGUGCAAAUCUGUGCAUUUUACUACAGAGAUGUGCAAUUUCUGUUUACAUGGCAGUAGUUCCAACCCUUCUUUCCGCUUGCCACACAUGCCCUUCUUCCAAAGACCAGGAUGUUGCUCUUAAAGCCAAGGAUUACAACUGUCUCCUUUUUCUCCCCCUUCCUUGAGUCUCUGCAAAGAGCUUCAGACUGGAGGAGGUGAUGGGAACUGGUUGCCUUGAAUGCCUUAACUGGCUGCAAAGAACAACUGAGUCUCCCAAAUGUCUCUUGUCAGAGAUGGAGAAGGAGCCGGCCGGCGGUGGUAUGGUUGGAAGGAACCAUCUUGGAUGUAGCUUGGAUGUGAACAAGCAAAAGUUCACCCUGAGCUGCUAAUCUGGCUUGCAUCCCAAAUGCACACACGAUUGGGACGCAGUAAGGACUCUCUGGAUCCUAGUCAGGAGAUGCAACCAGUUGUCUUCCCCCUUUAAAAAAAAGAAAUCAAUGUUCAUUUUCAGGAAAGGCACAUCAUGUUCAUUAUGGAUGUCGGCUCGCGGAAAGGCAGGCAGGGGAAGCGGGAAUGGACGUUUUGUAAAAUAAAUAUAUAUAGUAUAAGCCUAUGGCAAAGCUAAUGUUCUGUACAUAACGAUAAAAGUGUGGAUUUUGUUUAAAAAAUCUAAAUGGUAAAAGACAGAAAGCGAACAUUGCGCUGGUCGGUGGCAGAAGCGUCGGCCAAGUGUUGCUGAAGAGAGGAAAGCAGGAUCCCAAAAGGUGUGACACAAUGAAAUGAAAUGGAAGAGAGCUCUAUGAAAAGGGGCUGCCAUUUCCCUUAUGAAUUGGUUCACUUCACUGGCAUUUAGCUUGCUAGUACAGCUGUAGUAAGAUGCAUGUUUCCUUUGGAGUAAGCCCCGUUUGGGGUUUGCAGGUGUGCUAACUUCUGAGUAAACCUGGACAAUAUCAUAAGUAAGAAUGAUUCCUGCAAAGUACAGAAUUGAAGGGAGGCAGCUAAGCAAAGCAUGACAGCAUCCUGUAUCUUUGUCACACUCAGAUUAUGUACUGUGUGUAUCUUGUGAGAAUACCUUAACACCUUUUGCAAGGGGGUCUUUUGUUUCUUGUUGCACCUCUUGGGAAACAGCAAUCUUGGGGCAUCCCUAAAAAACGCAAGCGGAUUUUGGACACCUUCCGGUGUUAAAACCUUUUAUGUUUUAUAAACUAGAAUGUAGUUUAUAUGCAGGGGACUAUGGGAGAUUUUUGUAAACAACAACAACAACAACCUUCUCUAAUAAGUUCAAGCAAAAUCGUAGUUUGGGGGGAAAUAUGAUGUAUUUUGUUUGGUUUUUUGUUUAACUGAUUUGCAAUAAAACGUGCCUCUGGGCCUCUAGAAUUUUA